AUGGAGCAAAGUACGCAAACAGAAGCGGAAAAAGAGAUCCCAACUUUUGGUAAGAUUGAUGGCAACUUCAGGGAAGGCUCCAUCAGAAAUAUCACAGACAAGAGCCUCGUGACUAGCCUCCGACUCAUCGAGCAGCAGAUGGGCGAAGAAAGACGCCUUGAACAAAAUCUAAAAUCAAAGACCGAACGAAUCAAGUUCUGCGAGGAUGCUCAGCGAGAAAACGAAAUCGCCUGGGCAAACAACAACUCCUUGAAGCUCCCUGCUAAUCAAUAA